CAAUCAAUAAUAAAUAUAAUAAUUAUUUAAUUUUUACUUUAUUGUUUAAUUUAUUUUCUUAUAAUAUUAUUCAAAGAUAAAUACCAUGAAUGUUAUGAACUGGAAUGUGGAACAACAAUGUUUAGAUGGUACAUUAUCAUUAACAGAUGUACGAAAAAAAUUAUUUCCUACAAAAAUUACACUUGAUCGUGGACCACUACUAGACGAAAACAAGUACUCACCAAAGACAUUAGUAGGUGAUUGGUUUGAACGUAGAGCAGAUUACAUAAUCCAACCUGAUGAUUGGAGAACUACAUAUGAAAUAGAUUUUAAACCUCAUAUUAAUGAAACUUGGAAAAUAAAUCAAAUUGUAAAAUGGGAAAACAAACUUAUACAAGAGGGUUUACCCCAAGAAAAAUUUUUUCAUCACGAAAAGGAAUAUUAUAGUAAUAUGACAACUACUUAUGAUUUAUGUUAUAAUAUUUUACCAAAAGGUCUCGAAGGACCUAAAAUUAGAUCUUAUAAUGCAAGACAAAGAAAAUGGAUUCCAGAACAAGAUUUAAUGAAAAGUUUUGGUACAUUAACUCAAUUCGGAUUAAAAGAUGCAUUAAAAGAAGAAAUAUAUAGGGAUUCAAAGGAAGGAAUAGCUAAAUGUCAAUGGUGGAGUACUUAUAAAGAAGAGAUAGGAGAAAUAAAACCAUUAGAUAUUGAGCAGGUUACUAAAUUUCGCAGACGAAAAGUGAAUUUUAAUAUACCAGAUCUUAGACAUUUUAAAUAUAAAUCAGAUAAUGAAUAUUGUUUACUACCAUUUAAAGUUAAAAAUUCAGUAUCAAAUGUGCAAAGUGCAAAAAAAUAA